AUGGCGUCCAUGAGAAACAUCGUUCUGGGGGCUGUCUUCCUCUGGGUACAACUGAUUGCCGCUUCUCCCGCUCCCAUCGGCGGCGACAGCGGUCUUUUUGGCCUCCUCGGCCUGGGCUCCAGCCAGAACGGGCCGAACGAGAACGGCGACAAGAAUGCUUCGCCCACUCCGGCAAAGAGCAACGUCAAUGCUAAUUCCAAGAUCGUCCCCAACAGCUACAUCGCUGUCUACAAGAAUACCACCAGCGAAAAGGCUGUCAAGGCCAUGACGGCUUCCGUCUCUGCCCAACUCAAAAAGCGCAACCUGAACAAACGUGGACCUGGAGGCGAGCCACUUUCGACCGACGUCCGGGCCAUCAAGAUGAACACAUGGCAUGCCAUGACUUUUCAGGCUGAGGAAUCCAUGGCAUUGGAGAUUGGCGAUGCUGACGAGGUGGAUUAUGUCGAGCCCGACCAGUGGAUGUCGACGUCGGAGCUUGUUGUGCAACAGAAUGCCCCCCCUGGAUUGCAGCGAUUGUCAGAAGCUGCUCCGGUAGGCCAGCAACAACAAAAAGGAGCUUACGUGUUUGACUCAUCUGCCGGCAACACCACUACUGCCUACGUGGUUGAUUCUGGCUGUUUAACCACCCACCAGGAUUUUGAAGGCCGUGCUACUACAAUUGCCAACCUUGUUAGAGGCGAGAAAGCAACCGACGCCAACGGCCACGGCACCCACGUCGCUUGCACAAUUGGUGGGAAGAAUUUUGGCGUUGCUAAAAAGGCCACGGUAAAGUGCGUCAAGGUCAUGAACGCCAACGGCCAAGGACAAAACGCGGACAUCAUCGCAGGCUUGCAGAGUGUCGUUAAUGAUGUGCAAAAGAACAACCUCCAGGGCAAGGCAGUUGUGAACCUGUCAUUGGGUGGAGGCAAGUCACAGGCCUUGGACGCGGCCAUGAAUAAUGUCUUCAAAGCCGGCAUUGUCCCUGUGGUCGCAGCCGGAAAUGAGAAUGCAUGCGCUAACAGAGUCUUACAGCAAGACGCAGCCAACACAUCGCCAGCCUCUGCCCGCAACGCCAUCACCGUUGGCGCCGUAGAUGCCAACACCGAUCAAAAGGCUAGCUUCUCAAACUUUGGCAGGGACGUCGAUAUCAAUGCCCCUGGUGUCAAGGUUCAGUCUUGUGGUAUCAACUCUAACACGGACGUGUCGGUUAAAAGCGGGACCAGCAUGGCCUCUCCUCAUGUUGCCGGCCUUGCCGCAUACCUGAUGACGUUGGAGAAUAUCGACAGUCCCGCUAAUGUAACCGCCCGGCUGAAGCAACUCUCUGGGAACACUCAAGCUCAGGUGGGGAACGGCAAGAGUGGCACAACGCCCCUGAUUGCCAACAAUGGAAACCAAAAAGAUAAAAAUGAGUUCCUGACUGGAGAUGGCCCGGCCCAGGGUACACCGGAUACGGCCGCCGCCUUGAAUUAA